UAACUAUGCCCUCUUUACGAUCAUGACUUUAUGAUUUGAAGUCCAAGCCGUCGUCUUCCGUAGGCGCUGGUCGAUUCAGAGGUGGAAAUCUUCGAACACCCGGCCUGCUUUUGCCACCAUUUCCAGUCUUCGCCUUCCAAGAUCCAUGUCUCGACAUCAUCAUCUUGAGCUCUGAUCACCUGUCACUCUACAAUCUAAUCGCGAAGUCGUGAUUUGCAUCCACAUGGCCACCAAAUCUAGACCGAUGUCGACGCAGUCGCUCAUGACCGUGCCAGAGUCGCUGGUCGAUACGGGUCCCGACGAGUCCACGCCCUCAAGUCCAACACGAACGAGCGGAAGAGUCGAGACUAUUUCCAAGAGACACACCAAAGGACUUUCACUGAACUUCCCCAUUCUCCUGCCUACAAAUGCUCAAGUAUCUCCAUCACCCACCGCUGGUUCAAGCAUCCUUGCGAGCCCCAUCGACUCUGCUAGAUCAUCUCCUCGUCCUCGGGCAGCGCCGUUCAAGAGCCCGGACUUACAGGAAAAUGUGCGGGACGUCAAUAAAAGAGGAAGCACAGACUUCCUGACACUGCUUGCCGCCCAGGAAAGAAGGGUUCUGGAGUUGAAAGAGGAGUUGCAAAGGGCAGAGACAGACCUUCUUGGGCUAAAGAAACAAUGGGCUGCGUACGAAGCUACUAAGAAGAGGGACGAGGUGAAACAUGUCAAAAAGUUACAGCCGCUUGCUCUGAAUGAUGUAGGAGCGCGAGAACCCUCCGAAGAUGAAGUUGAUGAAGAACGCAGACGGAAGCGCGCCAUCGUAGAGAGGCAUCAACUCGUUUCCCCAUCUUAUGGUGGCACUCCGACCACUGGUCUGACGAGAAAGGGUUCUAAGAGAGUCUUUGAGGGCGGUCGACAUACUCGAACGUUGAGUCUUCUUAGUCCGACAUCCAGCAAGCCGAACCAGGCCAGGACCAUAAUGUCGCCCGAUGAGAUGACCAGCUUCCGCACCGACGCAGCCGCAGCCACUACCGAUGCCCACGCGGUCCAACCAUCACUGUCAAGGAUGUCAACCCUAGAUAGUUUGAUUGCCGGCGAACCUCUACAGCUUGGAUUCGGCAAGACAUAUAAAGAGCUAGCAGCCCAUCGCCGCUCAGUGCCAUCUGCGGACGUCCUUGUCAAGCAAGGCAAGCAGGUGUAUGAUGGAGUACGCGAUGGACUGUGGACAUUCCUUGAAGAUAUCAGACAAGCUACCGUGGGAGAAGAAGGCAUCAAUGGGACGGUUGCGCAGCAGCGGCCUGUCAGACCACAUCAAAAGCGAGCCGGUAAGGAUGCCACGACUACUGAAUCUCGAAAGACGGCGCCAAAGGAGCCAUCAUUCUGGAGAGAAUUUGGCCUAGACACCCCACAAAGACCGAUGUCGAAUUCGGUGGCCAAAUCAGAUAAAUCAAGUGGUCAUAUACAGCAGAAGAGCAGCACAGAUUCAUCUAAUCCACCCAGUCUUCUCCCAGACUCCAAUGAUCAUGAAGACGAAAUGGACGAUGCCUGGGAUGCAUGGGAUUCACCAGUCAGCGUUCGGGACAAGGCUCGUGUUUCGGUUGGGAAGAAAACUGAAGACGGAUUGCCGUGGCCGGAAAUCGAGAAACUAACUCCAAGUAAACUGACCAGAACUGUCAGUGACUUGAUGAGAGAAUGGGACACGAGUCACGACGAUACAGCCACUGCCACUGGCACCUCGGAUUCCGGGAUGCGAGGUGCCAGAAGUACCAUACUCGACAGCCCGCACAUAUAAUUCAACUAUAGCAGAUAUACAUAUAUGAUGGGUAAGGACGGUAAUGAGUUGAUGUGUAAAUUCCGAAA